AUGCACCGCCUCCUUCCUCCUCGCGUCGGCCUGCUCCGACGCCUCUCCACGGCCGCCGCCUCCCCACCCCAUCCACCACCGCAGCCGCGGGCCGACUCCCUGUAUCUACGGGUCGCUGCCGCAGUGAUCCCGCGCAUCCCGCUGACCCCCGUGCUGGAGCAAUGGGCCGUCGCCGAGGGCCGCGCCGUCGAGAAGCACGACCUCCAGGCUAUCAUCAAGAAGCUCGUCCUCCGCCGCCGCUUCUCCCACGCGCUUGAGCUGUCCCUGUGGAUGACCGACCGGCGGCACUUCCCCCUGUCGCCCGGCGACGUCGCCUACCGGCUGGAGCUGCUCACCAAGGUGCACGGCCUCCAGAGUGCCGUGGCCUACUUCGGGGGCUUGUCAGUUCAGCUCAAGAAACCUCAGUGCUACGGCUCCCUCCUGAAAUGCUAUGCGGAGGCCAAGUCCGUUGACGAGGCUGAAAAGCUCUUUGCGGAGAUGCAGAAGAUGGGGAUGAUGAGUUCAUAUCCUUACAAUGUGAUGAUGAAGCUUUACUUGGAGCUCGGGCAGGUUGAGAGGGUGCGCACCAUGUACAAGGCUAUGGAGGAGAGUGGCAUCAAGCCUGAUGUAUUCACUGUCGACACUCUGUUGAAGGUGUAUGCAGCUGCUGAAGAUCUCAAUCGGGUUGAGGAACUUCUAGAGAAGUCCGAUCCGAAGAUGCUGAGUUGGCAUUCACAUGCCAGUGUAGCCAGGCUUUUCAUGAAAGCCGGGCUCCAAGGAAGGGCCCUGCAGGCUGUUGAGGAAUCUGAAAAGCGGAUUAGUCCGAAGAAUGGCAGGGUUGCAUACGGGUUCUUGCUUUCUAUGUGUGCUGAUUUGGGAAUGAGUAGCGAGGUGGACCGCAUUUGGAAUGCCUAUAAGUCCAAAGUGCCGACAUGCAACUCGAUGUAUAUGUGCAGGAUAAGUGUACUGCUUAAGAUGAAUGACAUCGAUGGGGCUGAGAAAGCCUUCAGAGAGUGGGAAAGUAGGCAUGUUCACCAUGAUAUCCGGUUAACUAACCUACUGCUAAAUGGCUACUGUGCAAAUGGCCUUAUGGAGAAAGCAGAAGCUCUCGUGGAUGAAGCCAUUGCCAAAGGGAGGACACCUUACGCUAAUACUUGGUAUAAACUGGCUGGUGGGUUUUUCAAGGAUGGCCAGGUGUCAAAGGCGGUGGAUAUGACAAGGAAAGCUCUUGCUUCCGCAACUUUUGGAUGGGAACCUGACCAGACAAAUGUGCUAAUGAGUCUGGAAUAUUUCACGGAGCAAAAGAAUAUUAAAGCAGCUGAGGAAAUAGCAAGCCAGCUGCGGAGUUUGGUACCUUUGACAAGGGAGGUUUACCAUGGUUUACUGAAGACAUAUGUUCAUGCAGCACAGCCAGUGUCAGAUUUACUUGAUCGCAUGAAUAAAGAUGGUUUUGAGGCUAAUGAAGAAACAGAUAGAAUCAUUGCUGGAAUAUCGGUAGAUAUGCGCAGGUUGCUAUUAUUGAACAAUUUCUUUGGUUGUUUUCUAGUUUGA